AUGUUAUCACUUAUAAGUCUUAUUUUGGCUUCUGGUAGUAUCUUAAAAGGGGAAACAGAAGAAUGGACUGCCGCAACAUAUCCAAAUCCAAGUAUUAAUGCAGCUUUAUGUAAUACUUGGCAAAAUGCAACAUUAUGUGAUCCUGAUCAUAUAUUAUCAGAACAUUGGAGAUCUGUUAUCAUUGAAAAUAUUGAAAGACAAAAAGGAAAAAUAUUAUCAUUAGACAAAAUUUAUACUGACUCAACUCCAAAAGAAUGUUAUACAAAUAGUACUGUAGAAAUAUAUGUAAUAUUAGCAAGAAAAAUUAAAACAGCAAGUAAUGAGUCAACAACAAAUGAUGAAUUGGUAAAAUUUGGUGAUGAUAUUGUAUCAAAGUAUGGAUUAAAUGACAAAAAAUGUAAUAAUUAUGUAAUGCUACUAGGUGUUGAAGCAGCUAAAAUAGCAUAUGUUAGAGCUGGUACUUCAUUAAAGUUGCCAAAAAAUUUUUUUCAUACUGUUUUUAAUAGGACAACAAAUUUAUUUAGAGAAAAAAAUUAUAUGGAAGGAUUAAAUAAAAUUAUUGAUGAAAUGGGUGAUGAAAUGGUUAAUUUAUUCAAUGAAAUUAAACAAACAACAAAAAGUUUUAAUAAUGAAUCAAUAGAAACAACUAUCUUAGAUACAUUACCCAAAGACACCAUUAUUAAUGCUACCUAUUCUACAUCCAUUGAUAAUGAAUAUUCAAAAACCAAUAUACCAAAGUCUUUGAAAUAUAAUAUGUCUUUAAGGAAAAAUUUUGAAAAUGAAAAUGAAAUUUCAUCUUAUAAUGGCAUUAAUACAUACGAAGAAAAUUUAAUGAACGCUUUCUUUAUAAUUCUUAUAAUUUUAUUUUUUAUAUUACUUAUUUCUAUUGUAGUAUUGUUAUUUUCACAAUAUUACAAAAAACAUAAUGAUUCUGGAUUAACAGAUAUUGUUAUAGGACAAUCCAAAAAUACUGUUAUUUCUCCACCAAUUAUAAAUGAAGCAAAAUUUAAAGAUAGACAUAAUGAUAUUGAACCUGAUCCAGAAUUUUUAAAUAUGUUAAAAAGGCGUGAAAGUUCACGUUUUUCUGAAGUUAUAAUUCAUGAUUUAUUAAAUCAAACUAAUUUAAAUGAAUGUAAUAUUGAUAAUGGUGUAUUAAGAAGUGAUAAUGAUAUAAUAACAUCUACUGUCAAUUCUAUUACCAAUACUAUUCAACCAAUGUUAAGUAAUGAAGCUAUGAAAACAGACCAUUUUAAUAUUGAAGAGAUUAAAAAAGAAUUAACUGAUAGUAAGCAUAAUUUAGAUAUUAUUGAAGAAGUUGAUGAACCAUCUACAUUAUCAUUAGAUAAUACAAAAAAAAUAGAAAAUGAAAAUUUUGAAAAUAAAAAUAUUCUUGACCAGUCAUCUAAUUUUGUGGAAAAUGACGUAAUAAAUACCGAUGAAAAAAUAAAAAUAGACACUUUAGACAAUUAUAAUGAGGAAAGAUGUGAUUUAUUAGUUCAAAAGAAUGAUGACCUAAUUAAAAAAGAAAAAUUAAAUACUGUUUGUGAUGAUACUAAUGAUGAUGACAAAAAUAAUAUUUCUAAUGGCAAAAUAACUAAUACAACAAAUGACAAUAAUAAAGCAAAUGGAAAAGAGGAUAUUGUUGAAGAUAUUAAUAUUAAUAACGUUGAAUCAUCUAAUAUCAAUAAAAAUAAUGGUAGUGAUAAUUUACACUUAAAAACUCAUAUAGAUAAGAAUAACAACACACAAGAUGAUGCAAAAAACACUUUAAUACCCAUAACUGCAAUAAACUUAAUUCCGGAUGAUGGAAGUAUAAAUAUUAAUGAAAAUUUUCCACAAAUAGAAUAA